GGGGGUUUUGUUUUUAUCGACAUUUUGGCCCAGUGAUUUUUCCUGGUGAAAAAAACUUUGUGUGGUUUUUUCGUGGCAAUUUUUGCAGUGAUAGAAAAGAAUAAAUUGUGUGUUUGUGUGUGAGAUGGCAUUCUUCAAUGUUGGAGCACUGGGUGGAAAUCCAUUUUCCACCCAAGUCGGCCAGAGAAUUGAACAAGCAACAGAUUCGAGUCUUGCAUCGGAAAAUUGGGCUCUGAAUAUGGAAAUUUGCGAUAUGAUCAAUGAAUCGAGUGAUGCAGCUCGAGAUGCCAUGAAAGCCAUCAGGAAGCGCCUGCAGCAGAAUGCUGGCAAAAAUUAUACAGUGAUCAUGUACACAUUGACAGUCUUGGAGACUUGUGUUAAAAAUUGCGGGAAGGCUUUUCAUGUGCUAGUAGCCAAUAAGGAAUUUAUUCAGGAACUGGUUAAGCUCAUUGGACCCAAGAAUGAUCCACCGGCUGUGGUGCAGGAGAAAGUGCUCAAUCUCAUUCAGAUCUGGGCUGAGACAUUCCGCACUCAGCCAGAUCUCAAUGGGGUGGUGCAGGUGUAUCAGGAACUGAAGAAUAAAGGCAUUGAAUUCCCAAUGACAGAUAUGGAUGCCAUGGCACCAAUUUACACGCCACAUAGGAGUGUUCCCGAUGGGGUAACAACUGCUGCAACUGUUACAAAUUCUCCGCAACAUACAACUGUUGCUGUUCCGACCACAGGAACCAUGAUGACGACUCCUAUGUCUCUGUCAGCCGACCAGGUGGCUAAACUCCAGUCAGAACUGGAUAUUGUGACAGUGAAUAUGUCGAUUUUGGGUGAAAUGUUGAGUGAACUGAAGCCUGGGCAAGAGGAUCCGUCUGAUCAUAAAUUGCUGACAGAUCUGGCUCACACGUGCCGAGAGAUGCAGGGGCGGAUUGUUGAGUUGAUCGGCAAGGUGAAUCACGAUGAGAUCACCGCUGAGUUGCUGCGCAUCAAUGAUGAGCUCAACAAUCUUUUCCUGCGGUAUUCGCGUUUUGAGAAGAAUCGCGAUUCAAAGGCGGCUGUGACGCCGUCAGCCAUUCUGGGUGCGGCCAUGGGAGUGCCUCCGGCAGAGGAGGGAGCUGCUGCGGCGGCCAAGGAUUCACUCAUUGAUCUGAGUGAUGAGGCUGCAGGAGGACUUUCGCAGCAGUUCUCAGGGAUGGGAAUGGGUGAGACAAAAGUGUCACAGAUUAGCAGUGUACAGGCACAAUCGGGAUCUGUGGCACAGCAGAAGGAUGUGGAUGAAUUUGAUAUGCUGGCACAGUCAAGGAAUGUCAGUGAACAGGUUAAGGGAACGCCCCAGAAGGAUGUUGUGAGCUUGAAAGGACCACAAGAAUUGAAUGCCAGAGAAUCAGAAUUUGACGAAAUGGCAGCAUGGUUAGAACACAAUCCCACCUCGGACAGUAAGCCUAGAAUGACGAGUAAGGAGUUUGAUCGUUUUUUGGCGGAACGAGUAGCCGCUGCCGAGAAUUUGCCCAGCAUUCCUAGCCAGACGGGUUCCAUUGGAACCGCGGCUGCCGCGACAAAUGGUUCAGCCGCCUCGGCGACUCCCACGACAGCCCCGCGACACAAUAAAUCCCGCAAAGAUGAAGACGGUUUAAUUGCACUUUGAGACUUCACAGGAUAUUCUAUCGUCGUAAAAAGAAACUGAACCACUGGCACUGAUGCAAUUUAGUAAAAUUCCAGAUUAUUUUUCAUGUCCAUUUAUAAAAGCAAAUAACAAGAAAGAAUUGUUUUAAUCACACUCUAAAAAAAGAACAGUAAUGAGAGAAAUUUUUAGAAAAGAAAAGAGAAAGAAAAAUACAAUAAAUAACCAAAGAUUUACAAUAUAUUGAAUGAUAAAUUGAUGGUGAAAAAAAAAUGGGGAAAACUAAUUUUUGUUGUUGUUAUUGCAUAAAGAAUAAUUUUAUAUUGAACGUAAAGGAAGAGUCCUUAAAGCAUUUCUUUCUCACGAAAGUCGUGUGAAGCCUUUCCAAAAAUAAAGGCAUUUUUUUUAUAUAAUUUAAAAGUAAUACAAAAUGAUUGAUAGAAAAUCUUAAAAUUGAUCAUCACAUUUUAAAAUUAAAAUAUUCCUAAAUUUUAACAAAAAUAAUAAUUUGGAGAUAUUAACUUUUAGAGAUUUUUUAUAAUACUUUUACUGAGAAAGACUAUUUCAGAAAUAAAAUAUUGCUGUAUUAUUUUAUACUGGGAAAGAAAAAAAAACAUUGUAAAUUAAAAAAAAAUAUCGUUGAAAUGUAUUGUGGAAAAAAAAUUAAGGUAUAGAAACUUAAGUCGCAUGAGAAAAGAUUUAAGGGGGAAAAGUAAAUUGAAAAGGUACGAAAGAAAAAAAGUAUUUAUUACUAAUUAAAAAAAAAUAUAAUUCAUAAACUUAUGAAUGUAUAAUCCAGAGAUAAAAAAAAACUAAAAAUUGUAUUAUAUCUGUAUGAUUAUUUAUAUUGUGCACGAAAAUAAUAAAAAAAGAAUAUUAAAAA